AUGCCCUCAUCAUGCAAAGACCUGCGUGCCGCCCUCGCCGCCUGCCUCCAACAAUCCGACUGCAUCAUGAUCGAACGCCACAAACCCCUCGAGUGCCUGUCUUCCCCGCUCCUCGAAACCCUCCCUGAACAAUGCCAACAGCUCAAACGCGGCUUCCGCGACUGCAAGCGUGGCAUGGUCGACAUGCGCAAACGGUUCCGAGGCAAUGCGCCCAUCGCGGGCAGUGUGGAAUUUGACGGCGGAAAUGGUUCACUAAGCGCGAACUCGAAUGACAAGAAGAAAACGAUCGGCCAGCUGUAUGGCGGGAGACCGGCGUUUGAUGUGCGGGAGCAGAUGCAGAAGGAGCAGAAGGGAGAGGUCGAGGGGCUAGGGUUCGAUGAGAGUAAGACGAGAGGUCUAUAA